CCACUCUCUCCACUCCCUGCCCCUCACCCAUAGGCUUGCCCAACUCAAGCUCCAGGCGGAGAUUUGUCAGAACCGUUCGGUUGAGAUUGAUUAUGAUUGCGGCAGAUGGGCUGGAUUUGACGGCACAGAUCCUAAGCAGCUUCGGGUGUGUGUGUGUUGGGCGGGGGGCGGAGGGGUGCAGAGGGGCGGGGAGCGGACGAGGGGUGGGAAUGCACGGGCCCGAGCUGCCUGGUUGGGAGCUCAAGCCGCACAGCCCUGCCGGGCGCACCGCCGCUGCUCUUGAACGCGCGCCUUCAGAGAGGCCGCCAGGAGCGCGAGUGAGACUUGGGUUGGCCAGCAGGGCGCAGGGGGCUCCCUGAGGCAGAGCGGGCGGGCCAGCAGGCGGCGGAACACAAAGCCGGGGAGAGUGAGGGAGCGCGAGUGCCGGGCCGAGGAGUGGCGCCCGCGGUCAAGGCUUCCUUGGCGCGCUCUGGACAUGGCAAGUUUGUCAACUCCGGGCUUGGUGGUCAGCGCUCUACUGACACCGAAGUGACAGCGCGCUGCAGGGUCCGCCCCGGGGCCGCUGCAAAAUGCUCCACCACAGGCCAGGGAGAAGUUGGCGGUGGCCAGACUGCAGCGGGAAGUUGCCCAAAGGACAAGUGAGGGGGCCAUGCAUGAGAAGCUGAUCCAUGAACUGGAAGAGGAGAGGCACUUGCGUCUUCAAAGUGAGAAGCGGUUGCGGGAGGUGACCCGUGAGUCUGAGUGCAACAGAAUUCAGAUGCAAGGUCUUCAGCAGCAGUUCUCUAGGAUGGAAGAAACAGUACGAAAUCUAUUGCAGAGUCAAGGAUCUUCAGAGCAGAAAAAAGAAGAAGCUGUUAACACAAUGGUCUAUCAGGAAAGGCUGUCAGAGGAAGAAAGAAAACACAAGGAAGCCUUGGAAGAUCUUCACAUGGUGGUAGAUGAGGAUUCGAGGAGCGAAAGCAGCAGCACAGAUGAGGGAAAAGACAAGACGAAAUUGCUGUUAGAAAGAUUGAAAGCUCUUGAGGCAGAGAAUUCAGCAUUGGCUUUGGAAAAUGAAAAUCAAAGGGAACAGUAUGAGCGAUGUCUUGAUGAGGUAGCCAACCAAGUUGUGCAAGCUCUGCUCACUCAAAAGGAUCUGAGGGAGGAAUGUGUAAAGCUGAAAACCAGAGUGUUUGAUUUAGAACAACAGAAUCGAACGCUAAGUAUUCUGUUCCAGCAGCGAGUGAGACCAACUUCUGAUCUGCUCCUCCAGAAACUUCAUUCACGCAUCUUAGAUCUUUCAUCCGGAGAUUUGCUCUCGGAGGUAGAAAGAAACCGAAGUCUGGCUCAGUCGCUAACGGAUGUCGAGCUGCAUGAACACCCACUGAAUGCAAAAUCAGGAAUCCCCGCCUUGAAAUGCCCCAGCUUGGGGAUUGUUGUCCCUGGUCAUCUCUGUCCUCGAAACAGCUGUAGCAGCAGCGAACUAUCUCUUUCAAGCACCUGCAGUGAGUACUCCAGCAGCUCCUCCUACACCUGGCAUGAUGGGAAAAACCUCAGGAAAAUGCAGUCAUCACAGAACUGGGAUAAAAGGCGAAGUGUUGAUUCUUCCCUCCCAAGUGGCUUUGCCAGUCCUCCCGAUGAACUACCUCCCACUCGCAUCAAGGAAUGCCACAUUUUGGAAGGACUAAGGAAGCUGCAGAAGCGAAAAACAUUAGUUGAACCCUCAUCUGUGAUAACCAAAUGGGGUUAUAAAGACUGCAUGAACUCAAAUGAAGGAAUAUAUUCUCCAGGAGUGAAGUGUAACAGCCUCAAGGAAUAUCCCCCCUACAAACAAGGAGACCCUGUGAGCCCCUGGAAGGAGCCAUACAAGGCAUUUGUUUAUGAAGCAGAUUCCUAUGAUAAUGCCGAUGAUGAGUCCUCUUCCUUAGCAUUGCUACAAACAGUUCCAAGUCAGGGCUGCAGGCUUCAUGGCAGCAAAUUAACCCACAGUGUUUCCGACAGUCUCAUUGGCUGGGAGCCAUACAGAAAACACUUCUCCGAAGGCACAUUCUCAGUGUAUCCCAAGGAAAGGCCUGAAAAGCUGUUGCAUUGUGCCAGCAACUGUCCCUUGCAGAGGAAGUGGUUCCCAAGCUUGCAGUCAUCUCAGCUGCAGAGCGACAAGGGCCCCCACAUUCAGGGCCGCAGCCACAUGGCUGCUGGUUUUCAGCUUUCAGACACAGAUGACAAUGACACUCUUGAUGAGUUGCACAUUGAGAGCAGUGAUGAGAAGAGCCCUUCAGAUUUGUCAUUGACAGCUGAUACUGACAAGUCCACAGAGAACCUGGACAUGCUUGUGGAAUUGGGUAGAUCUCACCAUGACUCUCCUGACAAGCAUUCAAUGCAGGUGCCCAUCCACUUAGAGACUAGGCCCAAGACAUUCAGCUUCAUUAAGCAGCAAAGGGUGGUGAAAAGGACUUCUUCGGAAGAAUGCAUCACUGUAAUAUUUGAUGCGGAAGAUGGGGAACCCAUUCAGUUCAGCUCUCAGCAGACUGGAAUUGUCACUCUUACCACAAAUGAAAUUUCUAUUGAUGCAACCCCUGAUCCACCCACAGGAGAACACACUGGAAUUUCGCCUCAGGGAAAUGCCCCUUUCCAGCCAAGCUGUGCUGCAAGAGACUGUACUUUUUUAAAGAGAUCAGGAGAGGAAGAUGAAAAGAACAUUCCAAAACAUAAUGUAGAUGAUAUUCCCACAUCAUCCAUUGAAUCUUUCAGCCCCAGGACAGUAACACCAGAUACUCAGCAACCAAAGCUGACUAAAGCAACACACAGAGCAUCAAACCAGAGUCAUCCCAGGCCAUCGGUAUCUCUGGGUGUCCAUCAGAAGCACAGUCUGACAAAGAUGCCUGCCAGGGGCAAGGUUUCACCCCAGAAAACAAGAGUCAUAGAGGCUGAAACCUGCAUAUUCAGGCCCUCUUCUGGCCCUAUGACUCUUGAGAAGUCACCAUCCUGCAUGCCCAUGAAACUUUCACAGAUCACAAAGACUGAAAACUCUGGACCCCUCUCGGAUUUACAAGCAGAUUCUCACAUUCCAAAGCACCCUGCACAGCUUUCUCAUGGCUCCAGAAUGCCCAACAGGAGGGACUGGGCCCCGUGCUCCAAGAGGCAGACUCCAAGGUCACGGUCAAGGGCCCUCAUGGAGCCUAGCAACAGUGAAGACCCCCCAAUGAAGGACAGACUCUGUGAUUCUGGGCCAGAAGCAGAAUUCAAGUCCCCUUCCCCGCCAACCCCUCCAGACAGGUCGGUCUCCCUGCUGAUCAGGGCUAGUCAUGACUGUUCACCAAUGGCUUCAUCUGCCAGGCCUGAAACCAGGAUCCCUGGUGAAUCACCAAGGACCAUCUUCAAAUGCCCCCUGCUGAAGGGACCCUCUACCCCUGCUGUUUCUUCUCAGGCCACAGCAGAAACACAAAGGAAAAAGCCUUCCAUGGCCUUCAGAAAGCCCACUCUCACUCACUCUGUGCCCCCUGCAGAGGCAGCAAUUCAAGCCAGAUGCCCUGCUCACAGUCCCUCCUCUACCUCAUCUAGGGUAACUCCAGGACCACCCAGGGCUUCUCCAAAGAGAGGCAUCCCCAGAACCUCUCCUCACCAAAUCCUUGGAACUGCACACACGGACUUAGGGUUACAGACUCCCAAGGGUUCUCCAUCAAUCCAAGAGUCCCUGGAAACAGCAUCCUGCAAAACCAUAUCUCCAGGUAGAAAAGAGCAGGUAAAUGACAGUGUCCCCACACCCCCCAAGCCUUCCUUCUUUGUGAUGAAUGAAUCAGCAUCACCUCAGAUGAAUAGCCCUCCAUCUUCAUCAUCAUUCUACAAAAGCCAGUAUGCGCCUCAAGGUUGUCCAAACACUCCAGAGAAAGGACUGAAAACCCGCCUCCCAGUGGGACUCAAAGUUCUCGUUAAGUCUCCCCAGUUGCUCAGGAAAAGUUCCACAGUCCCAGGAAAGCAAGAAAAAGAUAGUUUCAAUGAAGCCUCUAAAAUUAGUUCUGGGGCUGUAAGCAAGGCCAAACCCAAGGGAUACAUGGCUCCAGCAAGCCUUGAGACUAACAGAGAGGACAGAGACGCAUCUGCACUGGAUUUGCAGAGGCAAAACAGUGCAGCGGAUGGGCUUCCCGCAGAAACAACACUGCCAGAGUCCUUUGAAAACAGUAGCCCCGGGGCUGAGGGGAGAGAUGGACAAGAGAACCGAUCUGUGAAAAGAUCCCUGUCCUCCAGCAAGCCACACUUGAAGCCAGCCCUCGGCAUGAAUGGCGCCAAGGCCCGCAGCCAGAGCUUCAGCGCUCACUCAGGAGACAAGCCCUCCACACCGGCCACCAUGGAAGGGCCCGGAAAAGUCCGAACUCAGAUUAUUACCAACACUGCUGACAGGGGAAAUUCUCUUACCCGGCAGAACUCCAAUGUGGAAGGUGUUUUCAACAAGACCCCUUCUGUUCCUAUGCCUGAGAGCCUUCUGGGUGCUGGGAGGCCCCUGGGCCACUCAUCUUCCAAGAACGGCUCCCUGGGGGGUACAGACAGCACCAGCAGCCAGCAUGGGAGCCCUAGUAAGUUGCCUUUGAGGAUCCCUCCAAAACCCGAAGGGGUCCUCCCACCUGGAGCAGAGUCCCCACAGACAUACACUCAGGAAGAAUGUCCCAGUGUGCCCGUACCUGUAGAACCAGGAAGUGACCACUGCAGGUGCGUAGCCAUGCCAAUGGACUGCCCUGGGGCCUUGCCGAGCCCAGGCAGGACACAGCAUCCCAGCAGUUUUGAAACAAGCAGGGUAUCCAAGGUGGAAACUGCUGAAAGGCAUCCAGAUGCCUCUACAACCAGGACUGGUACUAUGGAUCCAGAAGCGCCCCUGUCACCCACAAUCGAAGAAAAGGUCAUGUUGUGCAUUCAGGAAAAUGUUGAAAAGGGCCAAGUGCAAACAAAGUCGACCUCUGUGGAAGCGAGGCAGAAGCCAGGGCCUUCAUUCGCCAACUGGUUUGGUUUUCGGAAGAGCCGACUUCCAGCUCUCAGUAGCAGAAAAAUGGAUGUUCCCAAAACCAAAGUGGAGAAGAAAGAUGCAAAAGUGCUGGGAUUUGGAAACAAACAGCUAAAAUCAGACAGAAAAAAAGAGAAAAAGAAGCCCGAGCUGCAAUAUGGGAUGGGAAAUGGGCUUAGCAAGGAUACGGAAUCAGCACAUGGGCCGGAUGAUGGCUCAUCGAGCAAAACCAGUGCGAAAAUGCCACAGAACAUUUACAGCCAAACGAAAUUUGAACCCAGAAGUAGAACCAUCCCAGUCACAAGUCCAACAAAUGACACCUUCAUGACAGAACUGUUGAACAGAGUUGAUAAGAAAGUAGCCCAACAGACAGAAAGUGGAUCAAAUAAUAUUUCCUGCAGGAGUGUGUUAAAGGGCAGUUCCCAGAGCUCUUCCACACCAGGAAACCACAAGAAAAACACCAGGACCAAAGCUGAUACGGAAACGCCUAGAGACUCCCUGAUAAAAGGAGAGAAUGACAACUCGCAAGAGGAUGAAGAGGGUGCUGUUGCAGAUUCCGCAUUUCAGAGCCACGUCAUAGAAUCAAACUGCCAGAUGAGGACACUGGACAGUGGAAUCGGAACCUUCCCUCUCCCAGACUCGGGAAAUCGCUCGAUGGGACGGUACCUGUGCCAGCCGGACUCUGCAGAGGACACCGAGCCCCUGCUAACUCUACAGCCCUCCCCACCUGUAGCAUGUUCCAUCAGAGCCCAGACCCUAGAACGACAAGUGCCUUCCUCCACACAGAGCCAGCUCUCUGCAGAGCGUGCCAUAGCUCAUUCCACAUCCGACCCCAUCAUGCUGGCCAGAGGGGCACAGCCUCUUCACAGCUGCCUCCCUAAACCAGCCUCCUCAGGAAAGUUUGAUUCACAAAAGCAGGGUGAAGCCAAGCCAGGGCCGCAGACCUGCUCAUCAUUUGAAUAUGCCAACGACUCCAUGGCUACAGAGCAACUUCCAGGCUGGAAGAGUGAAGACAGUGCCGCCGAGACCCAGAAAUUGAAACAAGUUGAAGAAACAGAAGAGCCUGAGAAUAGAUUAUCGAAAGCUUCCAUGGAAUCAUUCAAUAAAUUUAACAGCAAAUCUGUAAUUUUAUUAGGAAAAGAAAAGAACUGUCUUAACAAGGUCGAAGGACAAAAGGAAGAGAAAGAAAAGAACGAGGAAGCGUCUUUGAGUAGCUCAGACAGGCCUGGGCUAGAUAACUUGGAGUCUUUGAGUGAUUCUUUAUAUGACAGCUUCUCUUCUUGUGCAAGUCAAGGUUCAAAUGAUACAUAAAAGCUUUCUCCCCCCUCUUCCCUUGGGACUGGGAACAGAGGUAGACCAUGACAGGAAAUGUUUGCAACUCCAUGCCCACAUUGUCAUAUUCAAGGCAGGCAACACACCAGAGCUUGUUUCUCUGGCAGGGCAAUAGAGCCAGACCCCACUUGUUGUGUUUCAAGAGGGUGAAAAGUAAACACAUCCAUGACACAGAAUUCUAAAAAUUUGCACUUUUUUUUUUGAAAACUUGUAUAGAAGUUGUAAAUUUUUUUUUGAAAAGAAAUUAUAUUUGUAGCGAAAAGAAGGAAACAGCAAUAAAUGGAGUCAGCGCCAUGCUCUUGAAAUGAUGUACAGAGUCCUAGAGACGGAUGAUAAUAUAUUUUUGUAACAAUUACAGUCGUCUGUUGUGAAGUCCGCUGUCCCCGACUGUAAACCUAACACACGGCCUGCAGGAGAAGACAGGCAUCAAUCUCAUCUUCAUCUCACCGUCUCAGUUUGAUGGAAAGUUCCCUCCUAGCGUAAUUUGAAAGUUGUUGCCAGAGAUUCAGGUUGGAGUCAUACAUGUAAUUCGGUUUCAGCUGACAAAUGAGAAGGGCACUGAAGUGUGGACGCGGAUUCCAGGUGUGAGGCUGAAUCAAAAUCACCCCGCUUCUCCUUCCAAGACCCAGCUUUGCCUCCCAGCAUUUCUUCACACCCUUGUCUACUUAGUGCUUCUCUGUGAUCCUGAAUAUAAUCUGUUGAUUUUUAUCUUCCUGCUCUUUUUAUUAAAAAUCUGGGCACUCUGGAAAGCACAUUUCUAUUGACAGUGUUCCCUUUUUAAAUAAAACGAAUGCUCGGUGCUAUAAAAAAUUCUUACUUUUUAAUAUUUUUUCUACAAAGACUGUUUAUAUGUAAGGAUAAAUUCUAUUUUAAAGGUUGUGUGUAUUUUUUUCUAGAUGUGCACUAUUUAUAACUGCUUUUGUACAGGAGCUUGUAAACUAGACCUAAUAGAACUAUUUUUAGGACCCAUAUGGUUACUUUAGCACACACUUGUUUCUUUGAAGAGUGUUAUUGUAAGUUCAGUGUUAACUCGGUUAAUUUGUGCAAUUUGCUACAUUGGAAUUUUGCUAUCUUAAAUGAAACAAUGUAAAAUGCCUUUGUCCUUCCUAAGGUUCAAAAUCCCUUUCGUUUCUUUUCUGAAUAAAAAUCCUAUCGCCCUUAAA